AUGGUUCAAGCUGGAGAGAAGAGAUUGUUGCAGCUACACGAGUUGGAGGAAUUUCGCUAUCAUGCUUACGAGAACCCGAAAAUGUACAAGGAGCAAACUAAGAGAAUUCACGAAAAGUGCAUCCAACCUCGCAACUUUGAUCCCGGGCAGUUAGUCUUUUCGUAUAACUCGAGGCUAAAGAUUUUCGAAGAGAAGUUGAAAAGCAAGUGGUCUGGUCCGUUUGAAGUUGUUCGGGUAACCGCACAUGGGGCGGUUGAGCUGAAACCGUUGAAUGCAGAGCGAACAUUCUUGGUAAAUGGGCAGAGGGUCAAGCACUAUUUUGGAGAGGUCAUCAAUGCAAAGAAAACCCUGGUGGAUUUAGAGGAGGCUUGA